UUGCUUGUGGAUGAAUAUAAGCACAAUGUAAAAUGUAAUUAGGGUUUACAGCUAAUCAUGGUUUAGAAAUCAAGUUCUUUCCCCCUUUCGUGUAUGUUCCGUUUACUUAAUUGAAUUGAUUUCGUCUUUCACACACAAGGAUAUUACUAUAAACCAUGCACGUACCACUUUCAUAGUUAAGCCACCAAUCUCUUGGCUUUCUUCUUGGUAGUGUCAAAGAAAUGAAGAAUUGACAAGUAAGUUCUGUACCCUCUGAUUAUGGCUAGUAAUUAGUCUUUGAGAGUGACAAGUUAGUCGAUUGAGAAAGCAGUUACUUGUACACAGCUUGUAGGUUUCCCUUUCCACUUCCACGUUAACUUCUCGUACUGAUAUGGAGAAGUACUGAACUAGACAAAUGACAAUACUAUAUAAAAUCGCAACGUAGAUGAGUCAGUAUAGUGUGAUUAUCGACUUCCGAACAAAUUUGAUGAGAAGAUGUCUACGAUACUACUAUGAAUACAACGCUUAUAGACAAACGACAAUACUGAACUCGCAACCUAGAUGAAUCGUCAUAACGUAAUUAUCGACUUCCGAACAAAUUUGACGAGAAGAUCUCUAUGAUACUGCUAUUAUAUCAUUGUUAGCGGACAAAUAACCAUUAACUAUAUGGGGUUCAUUUGGAUGAGUUAAUUGUCAAUGUGGUAAUUGUAGAGUCAAAUAUAUAACUCAUUUAUUGUUCAUGUGGUAUUUCAAUAUUAUUUUAGUGGUAAUUGAAAUAAAGUAUCUCGUUUAGUUGAACCAUGCAAACGAAGUAUUUGGUAAAAGCAUAGUGGUAAAACGAGUUAUUUCGAAAUAACACAUAGGUAUGAAUUAUUUCUAAUAACUCGUUUUGAGUAAUUUGUAAAUAACUCACUGUCCAAAUAACUCAUUUCAGUAAAACGCUGCCAAACGAGUUAUUUGUGUCCAAAUAACUCAUUGUGAGUCAUUUGAACUCACAUAACUCACGAAUAACUCAUACAAAUACUCCAUCCAAACGAGCCCAACGUAUGUUUUCAUCCUACAAAUCUAAAAAUUUUGAAGGCAGUAUUUAUGGUCUAUCAGUACGGUUAAGCCACUUAUCUCACCCGAGAUGCUACUAGAGGAACCUGGUCAAUAAGGAUCUCGCGGAUAUAGCGCCACCCGGAUGAUCAAAUCUAGGACCUUUAGGUCGCCACACGGACAAUAGACCGUUUGGCUACAACCCUCAUCUGCACUGUUUAAACGUAGAUAUCUUCCAAUUAUUCGAAAAAUCGCGAGUAUAAUCUUUGAUACAUGUCAAUCGACAAAUAAUGGUCGAUUAUAAAUAAAAACUUCCUUCCAAAUGUCAUAUAAUCAUCAAUCUAACCGUAACCAUAAGAAUUCCUCACAAUAUAGGAUUUGAGACUAGGUAACCGACAUGCAAUUCCUCAUUGGCUUAUUAUAACUUGUAAUGUUGGUCAUAAACUAAUGCUCUUUUUUUAUGGUGUUAGUAAUGUGAAAGACAAUUCCCUUAACUUCAAAGCAAUUUACCAGAGAGAAAUUUGAGGUAGAUGGGUUAACAACUCGACCGGAAUUUUGCUUGUGAAAGAUCGACCCCUUCAAACUUGGCAUAAGUGGCUGUGUUUGCCAUAAACAAAGAGCUUCUCCCCAAUCCUCACCACCAAACAAAUUUGAUUAGGAUUAGUCAGUACUUAACCACAUAGAAAUGAGUUUCUAAUGACUUUGAGUAAUUAGCCUCAACUUCGAUCUUUGGUUAGACAUCAUGUUGGAGUUUAUACACCCAUCACGUUUUUACUUGUUUUGGAAGAAAGAAGGAACUAGGAUCAAAGUACAUUUGUCUACGGUGAAAAAAAUGCAGAUUCUUAAGUACAUGAUGGCAGUCUUGAUUACAUGGAAUUGGUGUUUAUGGUGGGUAAUUGUUCGACAGAGAAUGGCGAGUUGCUUCUGAUAUCUAAUCACAAUCGAUCAAAUUGAACUUUCUCGUGUUAUUUAAUAACAAAAUCGAACUCAAAUUCUCAACUUUAUUCCUUAUGGAGCUUUUGCAUCAAACUGUAUGUUCAGUUGUUUUCUCUUUAACAGGAUCACCUUACAAAUCGACAACGAAACGAUAUUAGCUAGUCUUCCCAAAUCUAAGCACAUAUAGGUGUCAUGUCAUACAAGUGCAAUAGCAUAAAAUGUCAGAAGUGUGCCUUUUGUUUUAGUCUGACAAAAAUUCACUGACGAAAAUUAAUAAAAUCUGAACUUGAAUCACUCGCUCCCACGAAUUUUUCGUAUAUUUGUGGAACCAGAUAAUCUCAGACAAAUGGUGUAUCCUAACGCCGUCAUUAAAAAAAUAAUAAAAGAAAAAUGGUACCAGUUUGAUGAUUCACCCUCAAGUAAAAGGAAAUCAAUGACACUCCCUCCCUCUCUAAAAGCCUACUCUAAAAUCUAAACUAGUAUAUAAAGGUGGUUGAGUGGGAGCUUUUUGGUGGCCAUUUUGUGCACUGAUUUUGUUUCUUUUGAUUACUUUUCUCCACAAACCCUUUUCUUGCUUGCAUUUCCAUCAUCGCUCAUAAUACCUUCCCCAAAAAAUAUACUUUUCCACAAAUCCCCUGCCCAGAAGAAAACCCCCCUGUUUCCGGCGAGCAAUUUGUGACAGAGUUUGUAUGAUCGGAUGGGAAGGCAGCCGUGUUGCGACAAGCUCGGGGUAAAGAAGGGGCCAUGGACCGCCGACGAAGACAGGAAGCUGGUCAACUUCAUCGUCACCCAGGGCCAAUGCUGCUGGCGCGCCGUCCCCAAGCUCGCCGGCCUCCGCCGCUGCGGGAAGAGCUGCCGCCUCCGGUGGACAAACUACCUCCGCCCGGACCUCAAGCGCGGCCUCCUCAACGACGCCGAGGAACAGCUCGUCAUUCAGCUCCACUCCCGCCUCGGCAACAGAUGGUCGAAAAUUGCUGCGGAAUUGCCCGGAAGGACAGACAACGAGAUCAAGAACCACUGGAACACCCACAUCAAGAAGAAGCUGAUCAAGAUGGGGAUCGAUCCCAUCACCCACCGUCCGCUCGAUGAUCAGGAGAAGCAAUCCAGCGGCGUAACAGAGUCUGAAAAUAGUGCUCUGCUGCCGAAAGGGAGUCACUGUAGCAGCGAGAACGGUUCGAUCGACGACGACGAAUCUCGGCCCUUGGAUCCCAACCAAACGAGCGAGCAGUUGCUGGGUUGGUCAUCGGCCCCGUUGGAUGAGGUGGAAUUCCCCAACCAUAUAGAAUCGACCUGGAAUUCCUGCCUGACGACGGCGGUGACGGCGGCUGUGGGUUCUGGGUGCAGGGGAGAGGGUUAUUCGGAUCGGGUAAUGUUGGAGCCGGAACCCGAUUGGGGCUGGCCGGCGGGUAUGGAGUUCAAGAUGAAGGAUUCGAUCGGAGACGAGCUGGGUUUUCUGAAUGGGUUCAGCUUCAGUGAGAUGGACUUGAGCUUGACGGAGCUGGGUGAGAUCAGUUGAUGAUUACGGCUGUGUAUAUAGUUAAUUUACCUUGAUCACUACGUAAUUAAUUACUUUCAGAACAUUUUCCCCAUCGGAUUCUGCCUUGGGAAAUAAGUUAUAAGCAAACGAGAGAGUGAGUGUGAGAGAGUUGGUGGCCUGUCAUGGUAGUCCAAACUGUGAAGAAAAUCUUUUUGUUGUUCUUCUUCUUCGUUAAAACCUUGUCUUAUGUUCGAUGUAUAGAUGUUUGAAGGCUCUUGGGAUUAGACAUGGAUAAUCACUUUCAUUGGCGUGAUAAUAAACAUGUUGAAAGGAAGUUGCAUCACGGAUGAGUGAUCUGGUUGUUGCUUACUCGAUAUCUCUGUUUGAUCUUUGAUUAUUGAUCGCAUGAAUUUUGUUGGUCGUUAGAACAAUAGGAUAAAACUAAUGUUGUCAG